UGAGAAGUGAAAGUAAAAAGUUCGUCUAACGAGAUGAAGUUCUUCCCGGAUGUGAAGAUGAGCUUAAAUCUUUGUCUUUUUCUUUUAGGAGUUCUGUUCAUCUGUGACGGGCUCCAUGUGCUCGGCCCCUCACGUCCUCUGAUUGUGGAGCUGGGGGGCUCAGUGAUACUGCCCUGUUAUGUUGAAGCCCCCUUACCACUGGAAGAGCUGGAAGUGGAGUGGAAGAGAACAGACUCUGAAACUUUAGUACAUUUAUUCCAAGACAGAGAAAGUCGACCAGAGGCUCAGGACCAGGCCUACAGUGGAAGAGCCAGUUUCUUUACUGAGGAGGUCGAACGUGGAAACUUCUCUCUCCUGCUCACAAAUCUGACCACUAAAGAUGCAGGAAUUUACAACUGUUCUGUUUACAGUCAACAGGAAACUGGUAAAACAUCAGUUGAAAUCGAGUUUUUGAUUGGAGGUCAUGCAGUAUCUGCGUAUGCGCGUGAGGACGUCACUCUAAAUUGCUCUAUAGACUCCCAUAUCCCGCCUGAACUGCUUGAAGUGGUCUCAUGGACGAAAGUGGAUCAAGACAUUACAGUGCUGGUCUUCCAAGAGGGUGAGGUCCAGGAGGAUUUUACCCACGAGAGAUUCAGAGAGAGAGUCGAGUUCUUUGGUCCAGAAGAAAUCCAAAGAGGAAACUUCUCACUGAGAUUGAAGGAUCUUCAAUUGGAGGACAAAGGCCUGUAUAGAUGUGAAGUGCUCUCUGGGGAGUUUUCAGCUCAAACAACGGUGGAAAUACAUUUGGGUUUUUCCCACACACACAACAUGAUUCUGUUCCUCUGUGGCUUUACUUGUUUCUGUGGAUCUGUACUUUUUCUUGGCUUCAUUCCAUACACUUUUUGUAAAGAGCUUGGCAGUUGCACAGUAAUCAUACAGGAUGUGCUUGUCUUUGGUCCAAACAUUCUUAUGUUUGUGGCCUUCGUCCUUUGGGGUGUGCUUAAUGGAUUUAUCAGUGUGGCUAUUACUUGUUCAACUAUUAAUCUUCUGAGGACUCUUUGGCUACUUCCAUUUUUUCGAUGCUUUAAUCAUUUUUAUGGCACAGUCAAAGAAACCCUUGCAAUAUCACUUAUCAUAGUGGACUGGGUUGUUUUGUCUGUAAUUGCUGCUGUAGUGUUUGGACUGCAUGGCUGGCGAAUACAGAAUAACGCAUGGAUGGGUUACGCUGGAUUUUCACUGGUUGUAAAUAUCAUCUUUGUAGCCGCCAUCUUGUUUCUUUUUCUGUCUGAGAGUAAAUGGACUGCGUGUUGCUUUGAUUUGGCAUUCUUUUUUCGAUGUGCCCCAGAUUUCAUCAUUCUACUGAUACUUUUUACCACUCGUGAAGUGAUCGACACUAUUGGUAAUGUAGGACUAAUCCUUUUGAUUGUACUCGCCAUGUGCUGUAUCAUCCUGGCAUUCACUGUCAUGCAGUGUUAUGGAAAAAUGAGUGAAAUACCAGCACUGAUCAAAAAACUAUAUCCACUUGGAGCAGCAGUCCUGUGUAUUGUGAACUCUGUCACACUGGCAGUAGAACUUAUCAGUCAAGCAGGAGAAGGUGAACGCCCAGUGAAAGAUCUGCGACUGAUAAUCAUACCGUUUGAAAUGGCCUCUGUCAUCAUAUUUUGUUUUGUAUGGUGUUGCUCAUGUUCAACCAAUCAGAGGACAGUGCUGUAGGCAGAAGAAUAUGGGCAUCACUUUUAACCAGCGCAGAGGUACUGGAACACUGGACUCUUUAGCUGUCUGAUGGAUCUCACUGACCCCUUGAUGUAACUGAAGUUGUUGAUUCUUAUGUCAGGUUUGUUGGUGUUCUAUUUGGGCACUGUCGGUUUGAUCUGUGGGUCAAAAGCUCAUUGCUGUUUGAGUUUGGUGUUACUAAAAUUUAGCCUUCCAACUUAAUUGCAUCAAAUGCCAUGCAUCAAAUGUCAUGCAUCAAAAACUACCAAACAAUUUGUGUAAACAUUAUGGAUUUUUACAUAUUUGCUCAUUUUGACUAUUUAUGACACAAAAACUCUUGGGCUCAAUAUUUUAUAUUUUUCCACUUAAUGAUAUUUAUGUCAUUUUCUGAGCCAAAACAGUCAUUUUAGUUUUUUACUGAACAAUCUUCCUUCUGUUUGUGCCUUUGAAUGAAUGUUUUUGUUCAUUUUCCUUAAAGUCUGAUAUAUGCAAAUGAUAUUUGUUCUCAUCUCUCUUGUCCACUUUUUCAUUGUUAUUUAUUUGGUUUUCCCUGAAAGGGCCCCUUUAGUAUUUAAAGGUAAGGUACCCACAUAUAAUAUAUUACUGGCUAAUCAGUAAUGUACAACUUGUAACUCACUUCUUUAUCAUAGACAAUUCCGAUUUCAGUAGAAUGGUCACUGGAUGUCAGGGCAAGUGUCCAGCAUUCAGGAUGAAUGUCUUUGUACUUUCCUUUUAUGUUGGGGUUUGAAAUAAUAUUGAAAAGAGAAAAAUCAAGGUAUUAGAUUCAGUGUAUAACUGAAUCUAAUAAAAAAAUUAAAAAAAAAUUUUUGAACAAA